UUCCAGAACUCGAUGAAUUUGCAGAACUUGCGGAACCUGAUAAAUUUGCAAAAUCUGAUAAAUCUGCAGAAUAUUAUGAAUUGACAGAUCUUGCUUUGAAUGAAAACUAUAAUAACAAGACCUCUUUGAAAGAAUUUAGCUAA